AUGAGCAGCCUCCUUCCUCCAUCUAUGAAGGUACCACCAUUCAUGGUGUUCACCCGUUUUGCGUUUACUCCUAUGAUGGGAAGGGCAAAGUUCCCCACUGCCUUGAGAACCAUAGACUGGUCAACAAGUCAGCUUUCUUUGGUGUGCGAGCGUGCCACUGCUAGUAAUGAACAGCCUAGCAGACUUAGUCUGGAAUGGAUAACUUGCGCCCCAAGUUACUGA